UCACACAUCUCAAGAAUCACUGCCAUGGACAUCAUGCUUAAUCCAACAUCCUCUUCCUUUGCCCAUCAAUGGUCUUAUGAUGUUUUCCUCAGUUUUCGGGGGGAGGACACCCGCACCGGUUUUACUGGAAACCUUUUUCAUGCUUUGGAUGGAAAGGGAAUCCACACCUUCCUGGAUGAUGAGGAGCUGAAGAAGGGAGAAGAAAUCACACCAGCUUUGUUGAAGGCAAUUCAACAAUCUAGGAUUUUCAUUGUGAUUUUUUCAGAAAACUAUGCAUCAUCAACUUUUUGUUUACAAGAACUUGAGAAUAUCAUGGAGUGCUUAAAUCAUAAGGACAAGCUGGUUUGGCCUGUUUUUUAUAAAGUGAAUCCAUCCGAUGUGCGACAUCAGAAAGGAAGUUAUGCAGAAGCACUAGCCAAGCAUGAAAGCAGAAUUAAUGACAAGAACAAGGUGAACAAAUGGAGAUCAGUUUUGCAAGCAGUAGCUAAUCUAUCUGGUUGGCACUUCAAACAUGGGUACGAAUAUGAAUUCAUUGGAGAGAUCAUUAAAGAGGUCUGUAAAAGGAUCAACCGAAACACUUUACAUGUUGCUCAUCACCCAGUUGGGUUAGAGUCUCGCAUACAAAAGGUAAAAUCACUUCUAGAUGUUGAAUCAAAUGAUGGGGUCCACGUGGUGGGAAUUUAUGGAAUAGGUGGAAUUGGAAAAACCACACUUGCUUGUGCAGUAUACAAUUUCAUUGCUCAACAAUUUGAAGGCCUUUGUUUUCUUGCCGACAUUGGAAAAAAAACAAUGGAGCAUGAGCUGGUACAACUUCAGGAAAAACUUCUUUAUGACAUAGUUGGAGAGAAAGACACCAAGUUGGGGAAUAUAAUGCAAGGAAUCCCAAUAAUUAAAAAUAAGUUCCGUAAAAAGAAAAUUCUUUUGAUUUUGGAUGAUGUCAACAAAUUGGUGCAAUUGCAAGCACUUGCAGGUGGACUAGAAUGGUUUGGUCCUGGAAGCAGAAUUAUUAUCACAACCAGAGAUAUCCAUUUGCUACAUGUUUAUGGUGUUGAAAUAACCUAUGAAGUGGAAGGAUUAAAUCAUGAAGAGGCCCUUGAAUUGUUUAGUUGGAAUGCUUUCAAAAGAAAGCAGGUUAAUCCUGAUUAUUUGGACAUUUCAAAGAGAGUAUUGCAACAUUCUAAUGGCCUACCAUUAUCUCUGGAAAUAAUAGGCUCUGAUUUAUAUGGUAAGACAAAGUUGCAAUGGAAGUCAGCAUUAGAUGCUUAUGAAAAAAUUCCUCAUAAAAAUAUUCAGCAAAUCUUAAGGGUAAGCUAUGAUGGUUUAGAGGAUUUUGAGAAGGAAAUAUUUCUAAACAUUGCGUGUUUCUUUAAAGGAUACAGAUUAAGUGAUGUCAAAAACACGUUACAUAGCGGUUGUGGCUCUUCUCCAGAUUAUGCUAUUGGGGUGUUGAUUAAUAAAUGUCUGAUAAAAAUUGAUCAACUUCAUGUGAGAAUGCAUGAUUUGAUUGAGUGUAUGGGUAAAGAAAUUGUACGGCUUGAAUCACCCUCAAAACCAGGUGAACGUAGUAGAUUAUGGUUCUCUAAAGAUAUUCUUCGUGUUUUCAAACAGAACAAGGGAUCCGAUAAAACUGAAAUCAUCAUGCUACACUUGCCUAAAGUUAAAGAAGUGCAAUGGGAUGGAACCGCAUUGGAGAAGAUGGAAAACCUUAAAAUAUUGGUGGUAGAAAAUGCUCACUUUUCUAGAGGACCUAGUGCUCUCCCAAAAAGUUUAAGAGUGCUAAAAUGGAGCGCAUAUCCUGAAUCAUCCUUGCCUGCUAAUUUUGAUUCAAAGAAACUUGUCAUAUUGGACUUGCCUAUGAGUUCCUUUACAUUCAAGGAUCAACUGAACAUGAAAUUCAAGUCUUUAAUGGAAAUGAACUUAAGUUGAUGUGAAUUGCUAAAGAAAAUACCUGACAUGUCUGGAGCACCAAAUCUGAAGAAACUGCUUCUUGUUAAUUGCUCAAAUUUAGUUGAAGUUCAUGAUUCCGUUGGAUUCCUUGAAAAACUGGAAUAUUUGAAUCUUAAUUGUUGCACCAGUCUUAGGGUUC